AGUCUCGCGCUGCUGUUCACCCGCGUCGCUCUUGGCCGUGCCCGCCCUGCGCUCGCCGGCGCCCGGCAGCCCGUAGCCCGCAUCAGCCAUGUCCAAGCAGGUUCGGCCCGGACGCGAGGAGAUCAUGGAGAGCCAGGUGAUGUGGGAGCCUGACAGCAAGAAGAACACGCAGAUGGACCGCUUCCGGGCGGCCGUGGGCGCCGCCUGCGGCCUGGCGCUGGAGAAUUAUGAUGACUUGUACCAUUGGUCAGUGGAGUCAUACUCGGACUUCUGGGCAGAGUUCUGGAAGUUUAGCGGGAUCCUUCACUCUCGCAUGUAUGAUGAGGUCGUGGACACAUCCAAAGGAAUCGCAGACAUCCCUGAGUGGUUCAGAGGCAGCCGGCUCAAUUAUGCUGAGAACCUCCUGCGACACAAGGAGAAUGAUAGAGUGGCCCUUUACGUUGCCCGGGAAGGCAAAGAGGAGAUUGUGAAGGUGACCUUUGAGGAACUGAAGCAGCAGGUGGCUUUGUUUGCAGCGGCCAUGAGGAGGAUGGGUGUGAAGAAAGGAGACCGCGUGGUUGGUUAUCUGCCCAAUGGUGCACAUGCUGUGGAGGCGAUGCUGGCCACAGCAAGUAUUGGUGCCAUCUGGAGCUCCACAUCCCCAGAUUUUGGUGUAAAUGGUGUCCUAGACCGCUUUUCUCAAAUUCAGCCGAAGCUCAUCUUCUCAGUGGAGGCUGUUGUCUACAAUGGCAAGGAGCACAGCCACUUGGAGAAGUUGCAGCGUGUGGUGAAAGGGCUUCCUGACCUGCAGAGAGUGGUGCUGAUCCCCUACAUUGUCCCUAAGGAGAAGAUUGACAUUUCCAAGAUCCCAAACAGCGCAUUCCUGGAUGAUUUCCUCUCAGGCGGAGCAGGUGAGCAGGCGCCUCAGCUGGAGUUUGAGCAGCUGCCCUUCAGCCACCCUCUGUUUAUCAUGUUCUCGUCGGGCACCACAGGAGCACCCAAGUGCAUGGUGCACUCUGCUGGGGGCACCCUUAUCCAGCACCUGAAGGAGCACAUGCUGCACAGUAACAUGACACACAGUGACAUCCUGUUAUACUAUACCACGGUCGGCUGGAUGAUGUGGAACUGGAUGGUGUCGGCUCUGGCCACAGGAGCAUCUGUGGUCUUGUACGAUGGCUCCCCUCUGGUCCCAACACCCAAUGUGCUGUGGGACUUGGUGGACAGGAUAGGGAUCACCAUCCUUGGGACGGGUGCUAAGUGGCUGUCAGUGCUGGAAGAGAAAGACAUGAGGCCAGCGGAAACCCACAACCUGCAUUCUCUUCACACGAUUCUGUCCACUGGCUCCCCGCUGAAGGCCCAGAGCUAUGAGUACGUGUACAGAUGCAUAAGGAGCAACGUGUUACUGGGUUCUAUCUCAGGUGGCACUGACAUCAUCUCUUGCUUCAUGGGCCAGAACACAUCCAUCCCUGUGUACAAGGGGGAGAUUCAGGCACGGAACCUGGCCAUGGCUGUGGAGGCCUGGAAUGAAGAAGGAAAGGCCGUCUGGGGAGAGAGUGGCGAGCUGGUGUGUACUAAGCCCAUCCCCUGCCAACCCACACAUUUCUGGAAUGAUGAGAAUGGCAGCAAGUAUAGGAAGGCCUAUUUCUCCAAAUUCCCAGGUGUCUGGGCGCAUGGGGACUACUGCAGAAUCAACCCCAAGACUGGGGGCAUUGUCAUGCUGGGCCGGAGCGAUGGCACGCUCAACCCCAAUGGCGUGAGAUUUGGCAGCUCUGAGAUCUACAACAUCGUGGAAGCCUUUGAGGAGGUGGAAGACAGUCUUUGUGUCCCCCAGUACAACAGGGAUGGUGAAGAGAGGGUCAUCCUGUUUCUGAAGAUGGGUUCGGGGCACGCCUUCCGGACUGACCUAGUGAAGCGCAUCCGUGAUGCCAUCCGCCUUGGCCUGUCUGCUCGCCAUGUGCCCAGCCUCAUUCUGGAGACCCAGGGCAUCCCGUAUACGCUCAAUGGCAAGAAGGUGGAGGUGGCUGUGAAGCAAGUGAUGGCUGGAAGGGCCAUAGAGCAUCGUGGGGCAUUCUCCAACCCUGAGGCCCUGGACCUGUACCGGAACAUUCCUGAGCUGCAGGACUUCUGAGCCAGACUGGCUCCCACACCUCUCAACCACACAUGUGCCUGUGCACUGUGACUUCUGUACAUUCAAGAAACACCUAGAGGCUGACAGCUGCUCUAUAUGGAUGUGGCACCACGUGCUCGUAAACUCUGAAGCAGCGUUCCCUUUUUGGAGCCAUCUGCUGUGGAUCUGGGUCUCCCACGUGCUAGGAUGGGCCUGGCCUUUGGAGACUAGAAGGGUGCAUUUAGGCCCUGAGCUCUGAGCAUGUGGGUCUACACAUGGCCUUGCAGGUGCAGGGCCAAUGACAUCCCAGUGACAGCACACCUGAGAAGCAGUGUGGCCCUCAAACUCGUGAGCCUACAAUUCUGUUUCACUUUAUGAUGGUGCAAGUCUUUCUGCCCUGUAUUCUUGUCUUCUGGUUGGCCUGUUUCCUCUGAGGGCUGUUGUCCCAUCCCAUUAAGAGCUUGCUGGUUCCAGGGUACACCUGGCACCUGUGUGCCCUUUGUUUUGUAGCUGGAUGUUGGGAGCCCUGGGCUGAUAGCACAUGUACUGUCUGCCUUGGCAGAAUACCACUGGGGGAGACUGAGUCAUGCUCCAGCCAGUGGGGGUUCCUUGUUGGCAAGUGCUGUCAUCCUGCCUCAGGGGCUUGAUAGCAGCUUUUGAGUCAUUCAGAUGUAACAUUAAUGGAAAGUUUGGUGCCGGGGUGUGAUGCACUGGGCACCCACCCUGGGCCACUCUUGGGGUCACUGGGCAAGCUCCUAGGUACAGGCCCAGGUCAGCAUGGUCACCGUGAGUGCUGUGGGCUGUGACCUCACUGCUCUCUGUACCUGAGGCUGCAUCUGUUAUGGUUGUGUGUCAUCAGUACUGGAAGAUGGAAGCACUGGGGUGAGGGGAGGGUGCUGGUCCGCUGAGUGGCCUUGGUCAGGAUCCUGGUGGUCAUUUUCAUUUUUGUGUUUUUUAUUUUUUAUUUUAUUUUUUAGGCAGGGUUUCACUCUAGCUCAGGCUGACCUCGAACUCACUCUGUAGCCCCAGGCUGGCUUUAAACUCAACGUGACCCUCUUAACGUGGGACUAAAGGAGUACACCACCACACCUGGCUCUGUCUUUUUUUUUUUUUUUUUUUUUUAAACUGAGCACAAUGAAAUACCUUUUGGAAAUCUUCUGGAUUUUAAAUCUGUAAGGGAAAAGUGCUAUGAAGAAUUUUAUGCAAUAAAUGUGUGCACAUGCACACUUGCACAUGUGCAGCAUGCUUGUCCUUUCUUUGCAGAAGCCAGCUGUGGACGUGUGGAUGAGGCCAGCUGUACCACGGUGCCAGUCACAGCUGUGCCCAAACUGUGUUGGUGUUUCCAGGGCCUUGGUAUUUGGCAGUGAUCUCUUUCUGGGCUAGGUGUGCUGCUCUGGGUUAAACUCCAGGCCUCCCCGAUGGCGGGCUUGCUGCUGCCCAGAGCUGGCUGGCUGGAGCCUGGACUACCUCUGCCACAGCUGUGUCUCCUUGGGUUGUGUUACCGUUUGUCACAGACCCAGUGCAGGCUGUCUGGGAGUAUAGUCUCUCUGUCACAGCGAGUGUCCCCGGCACACAGGAGUGCUCCACUGUGUGCUAUUGUCAUCUUGCUUACUAGGUGACUGUAAGCCUUCCCUCUGCAUUCCAGGCAGGAGGAAGGGAGGUGACAAGCAGGAAGCCAUCUGAGUCUGCCCCUCCUAUCGGCAGAAUUUUUUUUUGAGAGCUCCGGGCCCUACUGCACUGGGCACUGGUUACACUUGCUACAGGGGAUCCUGGGACUGGGGAACUUAGCAUAGUUUCCAGUGCCUGUCUAUGAAAUGCUGCCCAGUGUCCCUGUCUGGCAAUGGGUCUGAGAUGGCUGGGGAGCCUGGGCUCCUGGUGUCUCCGGUAGAAGCUGUUCUUGCCCCUCUUCUGGGCUGGAGUGGCUGCUGCUUUGGCUGGCGCCUCUUUCCCAUCUUCAUAGCUGGGGCAAGUCCCCGUUACUGACUGCCAGCAAGCACCCCACUUGCACUGGGCCAUGCACCCAUUAUUUCUCUGAGGACCAAUCUGACACCUGUUGUCAAGAAAGCACAUCUGUUUGAAGGGUGCGAGAGGGCUGGAGGAGUCCAGCUCAGGGGCCGAGCUGCUGACUGCCCCCAGCUGGGUUGGGCUUGUCUUCAAGUCCUCCCAGGAGCCUUGAUCAGGCCACACCCUGCCUCAGGUCAGGCUCAGGACUGUGUGGUCCUCUUGUCAGUUCUGGGGGCUGCUGGCAAGUCCAUGGCAUAUGGAGGAACCUUGGGCUUACCCUGUGUGCUCUAGCUGGGAAAGGCCUGGUGACAAAGCCCCUUGAUAAGUAAGCUGGACAACUUCAUUAAAAGUGGCAGAUGGUCUGAACCUUGCUCCAAAAGGCACUCUAAAAACCUGGCAGCCACUGGCCAGCUGUCCUGUGUCCCCAUGGUGCCACAGGCUGCCCAGACCCUUGGGAGGCCAGAGAAGCUGGGAAGGGCAUGCACCUGAGAGAUGUGCCUCCCAACUUCUGUCACUGAGGGCAAUGCAAAGCCAUUCUAUAGCCAAGCUCAUGGGACUCAGGCCUGCCUAAUCAGCAUUCUGCAAGUGAUUAGACAUGUGACCCUGACAGUCCAACACAUUUUAACACCAGGGCUUGGGCCCGAACUCCUGAGGGAAGGCUCUCCUCUCUGAGGAUAAAAGCCUGGGGCUGAGUAUGUCUCCUGGGCGUGGGUGGAGGAGAGUCCACGUGAGAAGACUGGGUGCAGAAGAUAGCUGGCCAGAAUGGAGGGAGAAUAGUGGUGAUGGUAUGGGUGUUCUAGAUCCAGACCCACCUGAAACUAGUCCCCUGUGGAAAUUUUCAUGGCACUGUUUGUCCUGGCUUUAGCCAGUCUGGGUUGUAGUUUCUGAUACUUACUGCCAAUGAAAUCUGAAUCAUAAUUAAAAACAGGAAGAGGACACCAAAAUCAACUUGACCACAGCCAGCUCCAGGUCUGUGAGAGGGAUGGUCAGGCAGUGCCAGCAGACUCUUUCUUGCUCCACAGCCCCAAUGUGGCUUGUGAUCUCCCUGCGUGAGCCAAUGAAAGAAAGGAGGUGAGGCCAGAGCUCAAGGUGAACAGUAUUGAAAGUUCCAGAGUAUCGGACCUAACAACUGUGUCCCUAGAAGCUGCUCAAUUAUACUAUCCACUUACCAGUGAUAUCCGGGCCUGAUUGCCAGCUGUAAACCAAGACAGCAGGGUCGGGAUUACAAUGCACUCAUGGGGCUAUACUUGCUUGCUUGUAUCAGUCUUGAAAUUGGGAUGGAAUAGUGAGGCUUUUGGAAGCUGUCUGUGGGAGCCAGGGAGAUAGCAGUUACAGGUGCUUGUUUGCAGAGCCUGCCAGCCUGGGUUGAAUUCCCCAGCAUCCCUGUAAGCCAGAUACAAAGUAGCUCCUGCAUCUGUGAUCCCAGCACUCAGGAGGCUGAGGGAGGAGAAUUGCCAUGAGUUCAAGGCCAGCCUGGGCUACGGUGAGACUCUGCUAGAAAAAUAAUUUAAAAGGGCAUUUCUUAUGUUCUGGCCUCGGGAUGGCUUAUUAAUUUUUAAGAAAGCUGCUUCUCUUUCCUCUCCCCACAGCUGUAGUAGGCACCCCAAUGUGCCCAGCUGUGAAUCCUCACUGUCCCAUGACUUGAAUGAGAAAUGAGACUUCCUCCCAAUCACCACCUGGGUGGGGGUGUGGCAGUCUAAGCCUCACUUCCCCCAAAGAGUUUCUGCAGUUAUUCCAGAGAACCCUAAUAACUGUCCACAAAGCCCAGGCCCAGAAAGGAGUAAGAACCAUCAUGUAGGCAUCUCUCAGAGCUCCUACUUUGCAGGACAAGAUCUUUCAGAUCCCAAAUCCCUACUGUUCUCUCAGGCUCUGUAGCCAUGGGGAUGGCUUCAAGGCUGCUGUGAAUACCAGCUGGACUGGGCAUGGUGGCACAUAGUUGUCAAACCCCACACUCAGGAGGAUCCAGAAUUCCUAGCCAUUCUGGGCUACAGAGCAAGACCCUGCGUCAAAAAUCAGACAACACAAAACUAAACGCAACAGGCACUGGAAUGGCUAGCAUCGCUGCUUUGUCCUCCUGGGUCUCUUUCCUCCCCAAGACACCCCUCUCCACAGCUGUCCUCUACCUCCCCACAGAAUUUUGUGUUUCCCCUUGAGUGUGGGAAGGAGCUAAGCCCACCACUGACCUUAGAGGUCAUAGGGGGGAGUUUUGUGGGAUAGCUGGUUCCCAGUCAAUUGUCCUUGAGUUAAUCUGGGGAGAUUAUGUUGAGUGGGCCUGCCCUCUCUUUAUCAGGCCUUGCCUGAAGUCAGUAGCAGCUGCUUGGAGAUAAGUUCUGCUUGUGACUGAAGGGUUUGGAGGGGAAAACAGAGCUGAACCUGCAUGGGACACAAGCCUCAUCUGCUCCGCUCCCCUGCAUUGUCCCCACAUAGUGGACCAUGGGUAAAUGGAUAUUUUAACCCCUUAAAUCAAUGACAAUUUAGGAGGUAUCAAUGGGUGACGAACAUAGGCUACCAGUGGCUCAGGCUCCAGGGCCAUGAUAUACACUCCAGUUUCAAAUUCAGAUUCUCACAUGCACAAAUAUGCUUAUUUUACAUGCACACAGAUACUUUGUCCCAAGCGGUGACACACACUAGGACCUAUCUGACAUAGACAUACGGCACUCAAGCUUCCUCACACUGGUCUGGGCACAUGCACACACAGAAUGCAGACCCAAACACAGGCCCACACGCCCUGGCUUUGAUGUUAACCACCCCUUUCCAUACUAGUGGGCACACCUCCUGGGUGCCCCCAGGUGUGAGGCCUACUUUGUGGCCUGCUCUGCUCUCUCAUUACCUCUCCUCCACCUUCUGCCCUUGGCCCAACCACAGAGCAAGGGUUCAGGGGCUUAUUUGAAUUGGGACUGGCACCAUGUCUGAGCUCUUGGGAGGGAAAUGAGAAGAAAGGGCUGGCUUUAGGCACAGAGGGAUCCAGGACAGGCCAGUGUAUCAGCUUUCAGCACCUCUAAGGGCAGUAGGAUGCCAUAAAGAGCAUGUGCUCUGGAGUUGGGGUUUGACGUGACAGAUAAAAUGCAGGCCACCCAGUUAAGUGUAAGCAUCAGAUAACAGCUUUGUGAAUGGGUGUCUGGUGGGCACAGCCACAAAGCAGUAGUUCCUAGAUGCUGAUGAAGUGGCUGGGUUCCAAGUUGGCAGCCUCAGUUUAUCUGAUAAUGCCUUUACCACUGUAUCCCCAGCGAAAGAUGUCGUGUUGUCUGUGAGACAGGGUCUCGCCUUAGUGCCUGGUGUGUCUGGACCACAUCCUCUUUGUUGAUGGACACCUGGGCUGGUUCCAUUUCAUGCCUGUAAACAGUGUCACAAUAAAUAUGGAUGAGCAGA